GUAUGUCGUUGUCUGUGACGAUUAUUAAUUGGCAAGUUUUGCAAAAAUUGUUUCCCGAAUGCGGCUUUCCUUUAGCUUUUCUUAGCAUGUAUCGAAUUUGUUUGCGGAAAUUUCGAACACUCUUGUGAUACGGAUUACGACACUUAAACGCAUCGUUCGGUUGCGUAUUCAUUAUGGUUUUUUCGUAUCUCGAAUUCAUAUUAAAAAAAGGUACAAAAUGACUCCAAUGUACAAGGUUGAUGAUUAUAGAUAGUUGAAUAAAAAAACACUAAUGGACCACGAACAACAAAGCACCUCCUAUAGGCCAAGCAACGGGGCAUUUAUUAGGCACUACCUAUAAACCGAUUGCGCCAACAUAAAAAUGGUAAUGUCAGCGAAUAUCUUGAAAAAUAACGCUAACGUUUAUUUUUCUUUAGCGGAGAUUAGUCACGAGCCGGGUCUUCCGUUCCUUAUCACUUUAUUGAUAGUCCACGUUGGUUUACUAAGCACGCGAGUUUUUCUUCGUUUAACAGCCGUUAAUUAGCUUAAUGAUUAUAAAAAAGUAUUUUCGUAAAAAAUAUAAUACAGUAGGCGUCACUGUUAUAAAACUGUAAAGCACAGUAUCAAAUGUUUUUUACACUAAACACCAUAAGAAAAUAUAUAAAAGUGAAAAACCGAUUCGUACGAUGGUCCACCUUCGAUGACGUUCUAAAGAAUACUGACUGGAAUUACGACCAUGUCCUUCACGUUCGGCCACCAUGAAAGACAGCCAGUCUUCCUUGUCGGGGGGAUAUGGGGGGAUAUCAAAGGCACAUAUACGAAUACAUUGUACUUUCGUUCGGUGUUUCUGGGAAAUGGAUCCCGGUGAAACAGACAUCAGGAAGGAUUGUCGCAAAGAGUCGAAGGUUUCAUGGGCCGCGCUAAGAAGAAUGAAGUCUGGAGACUUCGAGCAAGACGACCCGAGAUUGAAGUGUUACUUGAAGUGUUUUAUGGCGAGGAACGGUAUUCUGGACAGUGACGGUGAGAUAAAUGUGCAAAGAGCUCUUCGACAUCUACCACGGAGCUUGCAGGACUCUUCAAGAAAGUUGUUUAACACGUGCAAGUCUGUCCCUGGAAUUGAUCCUUGCGACAAAGCUUUUCAGAUCGCCAAGUGUUACGUGAACCAUCAUCCAGAGAUUUUACAGAGCGUCCCUUUCAUCUAGAGCGCUCUUCACCAGAAAGCCACUCCAGUUUCAAGAAUAAGACGAACCCUGGACGGUGCUGUACCGCUUUCUAAUGAGAAAAUAAAGAAAAUCAACACCUGCAUGAUUACGAUUAUUGAAAGAUUUGAAAGUUCCGUACAGGUGAAUAGCGUUUCAUCGAUGAAGAAUAUUCUUCGCUCCGCUAAAUAAACUGAAUCUGUCAAGCGAAA